UUCGAAGGAAGAACUAAUAAUUAUUCUUCCUUGAACGGGUUUCCCUUCCGUUGUAUCGGAAAUUAAUAAUCUUUUAUUUAAACCUUCCCGCUUCCUUCUUAAAGGAUUUAACUAAAGAGAAUCCGGCCAAUCAUAUUACAUUUUUAGAGUUGCGUAAUAAAAGGUAACUCGGCUCGUAACAUAAAUUGGGGGCUCGUUACCGGCCUUUAGUGCGGGAAUUUGAAUAAGUGACAGUUUUAUGACCUAAAACUACAAACAUUAUUUGAAAACAAAAAAUUCAAAGUGACAGUUUUAUAACAUAAAAUUAUAAAUUUUAUUUGAAUAAAAACUUUUAUUCAAAGUGAAUAAUAAACUAAAAGUGGAAAAGAAAAUAUAAUCUUUUGAGUUCCUGAAGUUCCUGAAUAAAUAAAUGUUCCUGAUUUCCUGGCGAGCAGUAUAAGUUCCUGAAUAAAUAAAUGUUCCUGAUUUCCUGGCGAGCAGUAUAAGUUCCUGAAUAAAUAAAUGUUGCUGAUUUCCUGAAGAGCAGUAUAAGUUCCUGAGAUCCUGUGUUCCUGAAAGCUGUAACCUGCUGUUCAACUGCUAAUAGUGUUGUGUUGUGCGGUAGUGAAUCCUCAUAGAGGAAUAAAGGGUCAUUUCCGAAAAUUUUAUUGAAAUCUUAUUUAAAUUCAGUGUAGUGAAAUAGAAUAUCUACAAAAGGUUUGUUUAGAUAUUAGCUAUAUGAAUGACUGCUAAAUUGUAAAAGAUUUUUCCUUGAUGAUUAAUUUAUUUCAUUUAAGAUUAAAUUUAAAUAUUAUUCUAAUAUUGAAAUUUGCGAAUGUUUUGAAUAAAUUAAUUGGAAUAAUUAAUUAUUUUGAAUAGUUUUGAAAUUAAUUAUUGGAAUUGUUUUGCUUUAUUUUAAUAAAUUAAAAUGUCUGAAAGUCAACAAGGAAAUAAUCUUCAUCCCCAUAUGGAAGAUAUGGAGGAAGAAUAUGCGAAUGAUGAAAUGAAUGAUGAAUUACAAUACGAUGAUAUUGUAAAUUAUGAAAACCAUUUGAAUACCUAUGAUUACCAACAAUCUCAAGGAUUAAUGAAUCGCAUUAAUCCAAAUGAUCUUUUGCAAAUAGCUGAUAUAGUAGGUCAGCAUUUACAAAAUAAAAGAAAUUUAAAUCCUUCGGAAUCAUCAACGUCAAAAUCGCACCCUCCUUCUAUUGCGGAAAUAAAUUCAGAAAGGUCGGGUCAAUUUAUUAAUAAUAAUAUUUCAUCCUUGAAAAAUUUUGUUGAAUUGAUACCAGAAUUUGAUGGAGAAAAUAUUCCGGUUCAAAAAUUUAUUCAAGAAUGUUCGUAUUUGGUAGAAAAUACAAGUUCUCAAAUGCAACCUUUUCUUUUAAAAUUCGUAUUAAAGAAAAUUACGGGCAAGGCUGCAGAGUUUAUUUUACACUCUCAAGUUGAUACACUUGGAGAACUUUUAGUAGAACUAGAAAAAUCAUUUUCUUUUUCAGAUGAUUAUGGAACGAUUUUAGGUGAAAUCACCAAUUUGCAACAAGGUGAUAACGAAUCGGUAAUCGACUACGCGGCAAAAGCACGUAAAUUACUUUUUAAGCUGUCUCAGCUUUCGCGAAAAGAUAUUUCACAUCAAUAUUUACAAUUAAAAUUAACUGAAAAUGAUAAACUAAUAACAAAAUAUUUUACUCAAGGACUUCUUCCUAAUAUUGAAUUUCGCGUUAACCUACGUCUUCCGAUUAAUCUUCAAGAAGCAAUAACGAUUGCAUUAGAACAAGAAAAAUAUGUUUCCAAUGUACGUAAACGUAGCGCUCCUUCAAACGAAAUAGAAAUAAAUAAUUCUAAUCGCGAAGCAAAAAAAUCGAAAACGGUUAAUAAAAUUGAUAAUAAUCGUAAAAACAAAUAUUGUUUUACUUGCGGGAAAAUUGGACAUAAUUCGCGGAAUUGCCCAGAUCGCGCGGAACCAGAAUCAUCCGACAAUGAUCAAUCAGAAAACAAUGAUGAAGAUGAUAAUAACGAGAAAAACGGUAACGGAAAUUCAUCGAAAAGUAACGAUCCUAAACCGGAAUGCGAUUUUUGUAAACAGAGAGGUCACUCUACUGAAAAUUGCUUUGUAAGAAUAUUAAAAAGUUUAGAAUCAAGAUCCGUAUGCGCGAUUUCAAAUUCUCAAAUUAUAUAAAACGAAAAAUCAAAAUUAAAGGUUACUCCGAUGGCGUCAUCGUUUGAGUAAAUAUAAUCACGAAAUAGAGUAAAUUAAAUUAAUUUUUGUGCUGAUUCGUUGUAGUGUGAUCCUUGUGAAAUGUGUGAGAAAUUCUGCGAGGUAUCACUAAUUACAUAACAUUAAAAUGACGAUAUUUAUCCUAAACCUCUGAACAAGGUGAACUGUACACCUGUUCAUCCACAAAAUUCCUUGGACGAUUUUGAAAGAGUUUACUUAAUUGAGGCAGUUUUUCUAGACAUUCACUGGGGUAACGGUGAUAGCGAAUCAGAAAAAAUUAAACAAAGUCAUUUGUAAUGGACAUUUCCAGACCACAAGCAUGGAGAUUAUCGAGGAUAAUCAAAUUACUUGCGAUGUGAGAUUGAUAAUCUGCGAAAUCGUAAAUUGCGAUAUGAUUAUUAAUAUGAGAUCGUAAGGUGGACUGCAGCCACGAAAUUGUAAAUAGAACCGAAUGGUUUGUGCACCAAUUUCAACCAUGCUGGAUAUUGAGAUCCUUGUAGUGGGGGGAGAGUGAUAGCUGAUCAACUAUACCUUGCUCAGAAAAUUGUAUAACUAUUGUUUCAUUAAUUCUACUUUUCUUACAAUAAAAUUUUUUUGUAAUUAAUCAAUAAAUUUUGACAAUCUGUA